AGUCGUACAUUUUGAGGUUAAGUCGGGAGUGAUUUGUGUAUUUUCUUUGAUUUUUCUUUGCAUUACUGGAAAAUGUCAUCAUCGUCGUCUUCAGAAAACGAACAAUUACUGUGGAGAGAUAGUAGUGAUAGCGAAUCUUCGUCUGAUACAUCAGAAGAUGAAUUAGCAGGAAGGUUACAAAACAGAAUUUUUAGAACUGCUAGAAAUUUUAGAGCCCGUGUUGAUCUCUUUACCAGAUGGAAUGAAGAUGAAUUCAGAUUAAGAUUUCGUCUUAGCAAAAACACCGUAAUUAUGUUGGAGUAAAGAAUAAGGGACAAUAUCGCCCCAAAUACAGAAAGGAAUCACGCAUUAACAUCAAUGCAACAGUUACUGCUGGUAUUACGAUUAUGUGCUACAGGAUCUAUGCUACAAACAAUUGGUGAUUUUGGUGGUAUACACAAAUCGACUGCCAGCCAGGUUGUCAAGAAGGUGAUACACUCUAUUGUAACAUUAG